AUGGAUUACGACCUCACUGAGGAGGGACUGGAAGCCUUCCACUCGAUACACGAGCGGUUGUCAUCAUACAUGGUGGAAAAAGAGGCUUACGAUCGCAUUGCGACCUUAGAGGUCGUCAAUGAAGAACUUGCUGAUCCAGAGGAUGACGAGGAAGUCCACAUUCAGCUCGCUCCAGCGGCGCUGGACGAUACACCUCCCAAGGUUAAAGACCCUACAGAGAAGGUCAACCUGGGUACGGUAAGCGAGCCUAUGGAAGUAUCCAUCAGUGCUUACCUAGAGCCUAACGAGAAACAGAGGCUCAUCGAAUUAUUGCUAGAGUUCAAGGAUUGUUUCGCGGAGAAGUAUGAGGACAUGCCCGGCCUGUCACCAGACUUGGUUUGUCAUCAAUUACCAACUCUGGCUGAAAAGAGGCCUGUCAAGCAGGAGCCGCGACGAAUGAACUCCGAGACCCAGAUCUUGGUAAAGGAAGAGGUAGAGAAAAUGCACAAGUCAGGAGUGUUUGAGUAUGUAGUCAUGCCUUUUGGCCUGAAGAACGCCGGCGCGACGUAUCAAAAAGCCAUGAACCUGAUCUUCCACGACAUACUGGGAAAGGUGUUAGAGGUAUACAUUGAUGACGUAGUCGUCAAGUUUCAGAAGCGAGGGGGUCACAUCGCAGAUCUCAGGAAAGUGUUUGAUCUCAUGCGCCAACAUAAACUCAAAAUGAACCCGGCCAAAUGUGUGUUUGGAGUGCUCGCCGGAGAUUUUCUGGGGUUUAUAGUCCACCAGCGAGGAAUUGAGGUCCCCGAGGAUAAGGCAAGCGCAGUUAUUCAUGCAUCUCCCCCACGGACGAAGAAGGAAUUACAGCGUCUUUUGGGUAAGAUCAAUUUUCUACGGCGUUUCAUCUCUAAUUCUGCAGGGAAAAUCCAGCCUUUCUCACCGUUGCUGGGACUACAAGGACAGAAUGAAUUUGUGUGGGAAUCCAAGCAUCAGGAGGCUUUCGACAGUAUCAAGGCCUAUCUAGCAAACCCACCAGUCUUGGUUCCACCUAGACCCGGAGUCCCGUUGAAACUGUAUAUCUCAGCAGCCGCCGCCUCCAUUGGUAGCCUGCUCGCUCAGGACGAUGAGGACGGUAUCGAGCACGCUGUAUUUUAUCUCAGCCGUGUACUGACAGAUUGCGAGACAAGAACAGAUACUCUGGCCGGCGUAGGGAUUGUCCUGGAGAAUCCUGCCGGUGACCGUUUCUCUUAUUCUUUCCAGCUCACGUUCCAAUGUACUAAUAAUCAGGCUGAAUAUGAAGCUCUCAUCAUUGGACUCGAAGUCCUGUUGGAAAUGGGCGUCCGGGACGUUCAGAUUCGCGGAGAUUCUCAGCUCGUGAUCAAUCAGCUUCUGGAAAAAUAUCGCUGUACGAGUUGGCUGCUCAUCCCCUACUUGAGUCGCGCCGUUGAGCUUCUGGACCAAUUUACAGAGGUUGGUAUGGAACAUAUACCACGUGAACGUAACUUUGCUGCCAAUGAGCUCGCUCAGCUGGCUACGGGCAUUAGCUUGAAAUACGGAGUGCGCGAGCGCAUUCUGAAGGUUGAGCGCCGCACACUACCUUCGUGGCUUGCUCGCCCUGAUCCUCCAGAUGAUCCCGUGGUUGCGGUACUCGAGCCCAUUGAUGUUGAUUGGCGGAUCCCACUGAUUGAAUACCUCAAACGACCAGACUCCAGCGCUGAUAGGAAAAUUCGUUUCCUCGCAUUGAAUUACUUCCUUAGAGGUGAUGAACUACGCAGACGUGGCGAAGAUGGUAUAGAUUUUCGAUGCGUCUACGGUCGCGAAGCCAAAAUAUUGAUGCGCGAGGUGCACACGGGGAUAUGUGGAUCUCAUCAAGCCGGACCUAAGAUGCGUUGGCUCCUCCGACGUCAUGGUUAUUAUUGGCCCAGCAUUUUGAAGGAUUGUAUUGCAUUCGCCAAAGGCUGUGCGGAUUGUCAAGCACACGGUCCUGUCCAGCAUCACAAGUUUAUCAUUGUCGCCACUGAUUACUUCACGAAAUGGGUUGAAGCAGAACCUCUAAAGGAGGCCACCGGCACUACCAUUCGCCAUGCUGGUGUCGGACAGGGGGGCAGCAUUCAUGGAGGCCCCGUUGAGGAGCUGGUGAAUGACUUUGGCAUUCAGUUCACACAUAGUACUCCGUACUAUGCUCAAUCUAAUGGUCAGGCGGAGGCGAGCAACAAGAUAAUCAUCACCUUACUGAAGAAGAUGUUGGUGGAGAAUCCUCGACAGUGGCAUGAUACUUUGCACGAGACACUUUGGGCUUAUCGCACUUCGAAGCGCAACCCCACCGCCACGACGCCGUACGCGCUUAUGUUUGGACAUGACGCUCGUAUCGCCCGCGCCUAUGACAAGAGGACGCGGGGUCGCAGUUUCAAAGAAGGUGACCUCGUUUGGAAGGCCAUUUUACCCCUGGGUGAAAAGGUCACCGGUCGCGGUAAAUGGACGCAGCGAUGGGAGGGACCCUUUGUUAUCCACCGAAUAUUGGAGCGCGGUGCUUUUCACCUCAAAGACAUCGACGGCGCUAUCCAUCGCAACCCUAUUAACGGUCGGUUUUUGAAAAAAUAUUAUCCCAGUGUCUGGGAGUUUGACGAUCCUCCCGACUCUGUUUUUACUCCGACUGGGGGGCAACCUUAA